CCCGGGCUCCGCGGCCGCGGGAGGAAGCGGCAGGCAGCGCCGCGGAGCCCGGCCCCUUCCCCCGGGCUGCAGCAUGGCUGGACAGCAGCUGCUGCGAGCCGUCAUACCAAGGCUCAGCUGCGUUGGCUUGCUGGAAAGAGUUUCUCCCAGAGCCGCCCUGCUCAGCACUCGACUUUGUGGAACUGUUCCUGUCCCGGCAGAGACCCAGCAGGAGGACCCCAGUGUAAUUAAUGAGAAGCUGAUAACUGGACCCCUCAAGCAGCCAGACUAUUUCAAUGUCAAAGAGCUCUUCUCCCUGAAUGAUCUCUUUCAGGCCAGAGUGCAUUUGGGACACAAGAAAGGGUGCCGUCACAGGUUUAUGGAGCCAUAUAUCUAUGGCUGCCGUCUUGACCAGGACAUUAUUGACUUGGAUCAGACCAUGGACCACCUCGAGCUGGCGCUCAACUUCACAGCCCACAUCGCCUACCGCAACGGGAUCAUUCUCUUUGUCUGCCGCAACCGCCAGUUUGGACACAUGGUGGAGCUCGUGGCCAAGGACUGCGGGGAGUAUGCCCACACCCGCUACUGGCAGGGUGGUCUGCUGACCAACUCCCACAUCAUUUAUGGAGGCAGCGUCCGUCUGCCUGACCUCCUCAUCUUCCUCAGCACCCUAAGCAACGUCUUUGAGCCCCACGUGGCUAUUCGGGACGCUGCCAAGAUGAAUAUCCCAACCGUGGGGGUGGUGGAUACGAACUGCAACCCCUCCCUUAUCACGUACCCUAUCCCAGGGAACGAUGACAGCCCAUCGGCUAUGGAGCUCUACUGCAAGCUCUUCAAGAUGACCAUCACCCGGGCAAAGCGCAAGAGGAAGCAGAUGGAGGCUUUGUAUAAACUGCAAAACCAAGCAAGCAGCAAUUAGACCCAUCUUGGGUGCUUAAUGGCCUACUUGCAAAUCCGUGAGCUCACCCAUGCACUGAUAAGCAGCAGGUUGUUGCCUCUGCUCAUUCUCUGUGCCAGCAGUGUGUAUAAGGCAAAUUGUUGUGAACAGUGAGUUUAUUAGCAUAAAUUUCAAUGAGAGAUCAAAUGUACCCUGAGAGAGCCCCCUGGCCUGCUGCUGAGAGAGAUCCAGUGUAGGGGGCAGUCCCUGCUCUGAAAAGUUGCCUAUGAGUAUACUUGGCUGUCGUCUUCUCCCCUUGCUCCCCUGCAAAUAAAGCUCACUUACACUAAUAA